GGACCCCCGGAUGGAUCCUGGAUCCCCCAAAUGGAUCCCGGACCCUCUGAACCGCUCCUGGAUGGAUCCUGGACCCCUCAAAUGGAUCCCAGACCCUCUGAACCGCUCCUGGAUGGAUCCAGGACCCCUCAAAUGGAUCCCAGACCUUUCUGGAGCCCCCAAAUGGAUCCCGGACCCUCUGAACCGCUCCUGCAUGGAUCCGGGACCCCCCCAAAUGGAUCCUGGACCCCUCAAACGGAUCCCGGAGCCCUCGAAUGGAUCCUGGACCCCUCUGGAGCCCCCAAAUGGAUCCCAGAUCCCCUGGAUGGAUCCCGGACCCCCUGAACCGCUCCUGGGUGGAUCCGGGACCCCCCAGAUGGAUCUGGGACCCCUCGAAUGGAUCCCGGACCUUUCUGUACCCCCCGAAUGGAUCCUGGACCCCCCGAAUGGAUCCUGGACCCCCCGAAUGGAUCCUGGACCCCUCAAAUGGAUCCCGGACCCUCUGAACCGCUCCUGGAUGGAUCUGGGACCCCCCCAAUGGAUCCUGGACCCCCCAAAUGGAUCCCGGACCCCUCAAAUGGAUCCCGGACCCCUCUGGACCCCCCAAAUGGAUCCCGGGCUUGGGGCUGGACUGGGACAAUGGGGGGGGGGGGGGGGCGCCCCCUUCCCCCUCCCCUCCCCCGCUGUUCUCCCUGUACAGAAAUACAGGAGGCCAAAAAGUCUCAAAAUGACCCCAAAAAGUCGCAGAAUGACCCCAAAAAGUCUCAAAAUGACCCCAAAACGCCACAAAAUGACCCCAAAAAGUCUUAAAAUGACCCCAAAACGCCUGAAAAUGACCCCAAAAAGUCUCAAAAUUACCCCAAAAAGUCACAAAAUUACCCCAAAAGUCCUAAAAGUGACCCCAAAAGCAGCGGCCGGGACACGCAGAUCCCUGGGAAUGACCCCAGAACCUCUGGAAUUCACCCCAAAAUCUCCUGGAAUUCCCAAAUCCCUGAGAUCGGCCCCAAAACCUCUGGAAUUCACCCCAAAAUCUCCUGGAGCCCCCAAAUCCCUGAGAUCGGCCCCAAAACCUUCGGAAUUCACCCCCAAAAUCUCCUGGAGCCCCCAAAUCCCUGAGAUCGGCCCCAAAACCUUCGGAAUUCACCCCAAAAUCUCCUGGAAUUCCCAAAUCCCUGAGAUUGGCCCCAAAACCUUCGGAAUUCACCCCAAAAUCUCCUGGAAUUCCCAAAUCCCUGAGAUCGGCCCCAAAACCUUCGGAAUUCACCCCAAAAUCUCCUGGAAUUCCCAAAUCCCUGAGAUCGGCCCCCAAAACCUCUGGAAUUCACCCCAAAAUCUCCUGGAAUUCCCAAAUCCCUGAGAUCGGCCCCAAAACCUUCAGAAUUCACCCCAAAAUCUCCUGGAAC